GGGAAAAUUCAUAUCGAAACCCGACUAUAUAAUCAUCCCGUGGACCACCAUGGAAUCAGUAUUGUGAUCUAGCUCAUCUUGAGUUAACACCUGUCCUCAUUCUUUCCAAAGGAGAUACCUUAAAAGAAGAAAAAUUACAUCAAUCAUGAAGCUGAUCGUAGCUCUCGCUGUCGUCGUCGCUGUGGCCUAUGCUGCUCCUCAGGGUCAUCCCGAAGAGGUGGUCCUCGUCAAAGAAACUCCCUCAGACAACAUUGGACUCGGUGGUUACAAUUACGGCUAUGAACUUUCUAAUGGCCAGGCUCAUCAAGAAAGCGCCGAAUUGGUAAACCAAGGAACCGAAAACGAAGCAUUGGCUGUUCGUGGUAGCUUUAGCUGGGUUGACCCUCAAACCAGCAUCAGAUACACGGUCAACUACGUCGCCGAUGAGAAUGGUUUCCAACCACAGGGCGAGCAUAUCCCUGCUUAAAUUGUACAUACUAGCUUUAAAUAAAUAUCACUCUUAAGUAUA